AGUCCGUAAGUCACCAUCAAAAUGUUAGCACUCCUACUAGUAAUAUCCGUGCUGCUUCAGCUGUCCACUCAGCAGGAACUGCCCGGCACCCUGCAGCAGAGAGCCACACCCCAGGUGCAAGCUGCCAAACGGUCUGGCAUUGAAGCAGCCAACGAAACAUGCGAUGGAACGCGAAUGUUUUCAACCUGCGCCGGAUGUGAUGUGGUCAGUGUUUGUCUGGGUGAUACGACGGAUUGGCGUCACUGCCCGUACGUAACACCGGACAAGCCGUACUGCAACAAUGGAGAAUGUUCUGCAACACCAAGCUUCGAUGAAAACUGCCCUCCUAGUUUGUAUUGCACCGGUUCCGGUUACUUCCCUGACCCGGAAACUUGCGAAAUUUACCAUUUCUGUGAGUACAAAUAUGCCAUGUCACUCGUUUACAAGUGCCCUCAGAACUAUGUCUUCAAUCCGGAAACAUCUUUCUGCAAACGGAAGCAACAGGAAGGGGACUGUAUGAAAGUUCAGUGCAAUGCAGAGGAAAUUUUCUCCAGCUACGGCACCAGCAAGCGAUUCUUCGGCUACUGUAGGUUCAGCAGUGGACCAUAUUCGUAUGGAACGGAAAUCUACCGAUGCCCCGAGGGAACUCAAUUCGAUGGCAAAACUUGCGCUUUCCAGUGUCCGGUGGAGGGACGGUUCCCGGAUAGUACGGACGCUCGGACCUACUACGAGUGCUACUAUUUCGAUGAAAAGUUAACGGCUGUUACGCAAGUUUGUCCCUACGGGAGGGUGUUCAAUCCUAAAUUGUACGUUUGUGUUACGGACGUGGUGUCAACAACAACAACAACGCCAUGGCCAUACACUGAAGGAACCACGGGCCCUUGGUAA